AUGAGCUUCAUUCACGUUGCUGUCUUCAGCAAACCUCGACCCUCAUCAGCGUCAUUCGUGAACACAACUGGUUAUGCUGUACUGUCACAUAGAGUAGCCUCAUCACUUACGGGUUCAUUACGAGUGUCUUUCAAAUUUCAAACUCUCAUUGGUAAUGCCUUAUUGUUUGCCUCGUAUUCUGCCGACAAGGACACCUCGCUCGUCAUUGAAUUAGUCAACGCUAGGAUAAGAUUCUCAUAUAAAGAAGGCGAUGAAUCGAUGCAGAUUGACUCGCCUGUAUUGCCGAAUCGGCAACACUUGAGUGACAUGAGAUGGCACACCUUGCUAUUCUAUCAGGAAGAACGAACACGUCUUCAGAUGUUACUGGUGGAUAACACAACCGCCAUCUCUGACAUUGACAUACAGCCUGAACUGGGGAGUGUCAUCACAAUCGGAGGAGCUCCAGCCUCAGCCCCGUUAGUUCGUGGUGGAUUUCGUGGUUGUUUGGCCUCACUUCGGAUCAACGAACGGUCAAUUGACGUCAUCGAUGACUGCGACGUCAAGAAAGACGUCGUCCGGGGUUGUGCCGGGCCACUUGCUCGAUGCUCGCCAGCCGCCUGUUCGAAUCGUGGUCGAUGUAUUCAGCAGUGGAAUUCAAUCCGUUGUGACUGCACGUUGACAGCGCAUGCUGGUGACCGAUGUCAGGACCGUAAGUACUUCCUUUCUUAA